CACUGACUGGAGGUCUGCGGCGGACUGAGUUGGAGCAGCCGACACUGAAAUAGGUGGGAAAAGUUGCUCCUAACUACCUUCACGGUCGACGAAGAACACCGAGACACGCCACUGGAGUUUUUAAAGUCCAGCAGUUCCCGCAGUCAGACAUGAGGAGCCCUCCAGGCCUCAGUCGCUGAGCAGCUGAGAUCAGAGUUCAAGUGCUUGUUCCGGCAACCAUGGCUGACAGGGAGGGGCUGUCCAUCGCCCCGGGCCAGAUCUACAUCGAGGUGGAGUACGACUACGAGUACAAGGCCAAAGACAAAAUGGUGACCAUCCGCCAGGGAGAGUGCUACAUGCUGGUGAAGAAGACCAACGAGGACUGGUGGCAAGUGAGGAAGGAGGAGGGAACAAAGGCUUUUUAUGUGCCGGCGCAGUACGUCAGGGAGGUGCGCCGGGCGCUCAUGCCCCCACAGAAGCCAACGUUGAGGGCAAAGCCAACUGUUUUGGAUAUCUGCAGGGCUUCAAAUGAAAACCUCAACAGAGCCCAGCCGGAAAUGUCCAGCUUCGGGCGUCCGUCGCCCUCCUCCACCCCGUCGCCAUCCUCUGACCGCGUCACACCGCCUGUUCUGUCCAAGGAUGCUAACCAGAACAUGAGUCCACAUCACUGCAAAGUGGUAGCCGAACUGGUGCUUCUUCACAACAACAACAACCACCACCAUGCCAACAAUUCCACGUUGCCAAGGACACGGGCAGACUCACCUCCGCUCAAGGUGGGGAACAACCACAGCAAAAGUCCAGACAGUGACAAGACGUCCCCGCCGAGCGAGUUGCCUGGGGAUCGGUUGAACAAGCUUCAUAACGACUCCGAGUCUGGGGACGAGCUGAGCAGUAGCUCAACAGAACACAUGCAGCGUGGAUGCAGUGAGGCUGUUACAGUAGCCACCACCUGCUACAUCUACCAACCUGCUUGGGACCCCCAGCCCCAGCUGGACUCCUCUCUACUUUUUUGGACCAUGUUUUCAUACCUGAGGACCCCACACUACAUUACGACAUCACCUACAGGUCAGGGCCGGUCUGACUCGCCGGUCUACACCAACCUCCAGGAGCUGAAGAUCUCUCAGUCCAGCCUGCCGCCCGUCCCCUCCAGCUCCCCUCUCCACAUCCUGGGCGACUGGGAGACCCACAAAGACCUGAGCGGUAGGCACUUCUACUACAACCGCGCCACUGGGGAGCGCACCUGGAAGCCACCGCGCACUAGAGACGCCAGCGGCAGCACCAGCAGCGUCCGAGGAGACAGCCAGGGCACGGCGGAGAGUGAGCCGCUGUCCUCAGAGGAAAACUGUCACAGCACUCACUCCAGCCAGUCCGACAGCCAGUACGGGUCUCCUCCUCGAGGCUGGUCUGAGGAGCUGGAUGAACACGGACACACUCUCUACGUCUCUGAAUAUACACAGGAGAAGUGGAUAAAACAUGUGGAUGAACAAGGACGGCCCUACUACUACAGCGCUGAUGGAUCCAGAUCAGAAUGGGAACUGCCCAAGUACAAUAUCUCCCCUCAGUCCGGUGAGGUUCCCAAGAGCCGCAGUCUGGAGAGGAAGCAGCAGGAUCCCAUCGUCCUCACCAAGUGGAGACACAGCACCUACGUCUUAGACCUCAACGACAAGUUCUCUUUCAAACUCUGGCGGUUCACGUCCGACUCACACAAGAGGAGAUAUCGUCUCUCUCUUUUCCGUGAUAAAGAGUGUGCUCCGGCGCCCAAGCAGAGCUCUCCAGACUCUGACUCCUGCCCCUCAUCUCCUAAGCACCCCUCAACCCCCUCAGAGAAGUGUGGAGUGCUCAACGUCACCAAAAUCACAGAGAAUGGGAAGAAAGUCAGGAAGAACUGGACGUCCUCGUGGACGGUGCUGCAGGGUUCCUCUCUGCUCUUUGCGAAGGGUCAGGGGGGCAGCACCAGCUGGAAGUUUGGGAGCAACCAGUCGAAGCCGGAGUUCACAGUCGAUCUGCGAGGGGGGUCGGUGGAUUGGGCCUCCAAGGACAAGUCGAGCAAGAAACACGUCAUUGAGCUGAAGACCCGUCAAGGGACUGAGCUGCUGAUCCAGUCAGAGAUCGACAGCGUCAUCAAUGACUGGUACCGGGCCCUCACUGAGACCAUCAACACACAUGCCUGGGAGUCAGAUGAGGCCAUUGAGGAGGACAUGCCUGAGUCUCCAGGAUCUGAGAAACAGGACAAGGAGAAAGACCACCGGGACUCUAAGAAGAACAGAGCGAUGAAGAACUCUGUGAGUAUGGACGCAUCAGACCAGAAGAAAACCAGGUUGAAGCUCAAGAAAUUCCUGACACGUCGACCCACCUAUCAAGCCGUCCGAGACAAAGGAUACAUCAAAGAUCAGGUGUUCGGCUGCAGUCUGACCAGCCUGUGCCAGCGGGAGAACACAUCAGUUCCAAACUUUGUCACAAUGUGCAUCGAACAUGUGGAGAACACAGGUCUCAGUAUUGACGGCUUAUACAGAGUGAGUGGGAACCUGGCAGUGAUCCAGAAGCUGCGCUUUGCUGUGAAUCAUGAUGAGAAGGUGGAUCUGAAUGACAGUAAGUGGGAGGACAUCCACGUCACCACCGGAGCUCUCAAGAUGUUCUUCAGGGAGCUUCCCGAGCCUCUCUUCACAUACGGAUCCUUUGACGACUUUGUUGAAGCCAUCAAAUGCUCCGACUACAAGCAGCGAGUGAAUUCAAUCAAAGACUUAAUAAAGAAGUUGCCAAAACCCAACCACGACACAAUGCAAGUCCUCUUCAAACACCUGCGCAGGGUUAUUGACCACGGGGAGGCCAACCGCAUGACCACCCAGAGCGUGGCCAUCGUGUUCGGACCCACGCUGCUCCGACCCGAGACGGAGACGGGCAACAUCGCUGUCCACAUGGUGUACCAGAACCAGAUAGUGGAGCUCAUACUGCUCGAGUACGAAAGCAUCUUUGGCAGGUAGAAGCACUCACAACGGGACGCUGGGCUUUUUCAAACACGGACUUCUUCUUCCUUUUCACCCUCUUUUCUUUGACUGAACUGAACAUUGCUGUGGACCAAGCAGUUGGGAGAAAAAAAAAAUCAUUGACAGGACUGUUUACAAAAGGUGUUGCACUUAUAGGAGAAUAAUUUUAAAAAAUGGUGUACAGAUUUCACCCGCUUCUUCAGUUGCCAUUCCUGCUGCGAAUAGUGGGGCCGGACAAUGGACGGUGUUUCGGAGUGAUGCCGUGGUGACGUCGGUGUGGUUUGGUGGAUUUUGAGUAUUCAGGUGUUUUCACAUACACUGGAUCCCUGUGGCCAGUAUUUCAAAAACUCUUCGCUUUCUGGUGGACCGGAUUUUGUCGGAGAAGGCGACCGGCAUUAAAGUAGCCAAACUGGCAACCUCAUGACCUCUCCGAGGGAAUGAGCCGAAUCUGAACUGGAUAGGUUUUCUGUGUCGUGGAGCUGUGUCUGUGAUGUAUCGGCCCUAUGUGGUUUUUGGAUCAGGUGGAAAAAAAAUAAUCAGUGUUAUGUUAACGGACUGUCUUUUGGCACUUGGAUGAACUGGAGUUACAGAUUGCGUCCCCAGCUUACCUUAGCAACACCAUCACUCGCCCCCACCCCCCCUUUCAGCCAGUGUUAACCAUUAACCCUGUGACAUGAGCGUCCUGUGACUUGAAUGACGGAGGACAAACCCUCGGUCUGUGUGUGUGUGUGUGUGUGUGUGUGUGUGAAUUAACCUAAAUGGAAUAAAAACUGAGCAGAAGCAUCCUCGUCUUGCCACUUUGUACAAACUGUGUCGUGUAGUCUUGCGUGCUUUGGUAAAGUUUCCGUUAAAGCUGCCGGGGGUCAUCGUCUGUGCUCCUGUUAUCAACUUCAGUGUUGGUUUUUUCAGGAAACGUCACCCAAGUCCUGGUGUUACUGGAAAAGUGGAUUUCUGGGGACUGCAAUGUUAUCAGUUUUUUCAUGAAUUGUCUCUGAACUGUCGGCUUGAUGACCCUCUCUCCACCUAAGCUAAUAUUAAAGAGUAUUCAGAGAAGGGAAACGGUACCGAGAACAUUUCAAAGGUUGAUUUAUGGGAGCGUGUGAGGUUAGGAUGCAAAGAAGAGCCUUUAAAAACCCCUUUCAGAGCAUAUGUACAGUGACAGAAACUAGUUGUUAAAAUGUGUUAUAGUGACUGAGGUAUGUAUGCUUUGAUGGUGAACUAGUGAAAGACUUUGAUUUUUUGUAAAUUUGAAUGAAAACAUGACAAUACACACAUUGUGGAAAACACACGAUCGACUGUUACUUUUGUUUGAAGGUGUACCUGGAGUGUUUGCGCAUGGUCAGCUGCACAUUUUGAAUGUAAUUUUCAGGCUAACUGCUGUUUGUGAAACUGCUACGUCUAAUAAAAAAGACAAACUAAACGUUCA